AUGGCCGAUCCCAUGCAACAAUGCACCGAAGGGUCAAACGUGCUUGCCGCAGAUGCUCCCAAGCUAAGCAGCGCUGCGACGGAAGUCAGCCUUGCCACAGGUGCAGCAGGCGAAGGCUCGACUGUUGCUAUAGCUACAGAAGGUCAUGUACAAAAUGCUGAACCUCGGCACGACACCUUCUCCACAACCACCCAGGCAAUGGACUGGCAUGAAGGAGACGAUGCUGGCAUCGAUGGAACCCGGGCUACAAGUUCACUAUUCCUACCUCUAACCUAUUCCAAUAGCCUACAGUCUGGUACCGAUGCUUCUGCUUCUGUUCUCGGUACAACGAACAUGGUAUCCAAUAUGCCACACGACAUGAACCUGUCGACCAUGUCGGCUACCUCGCAGCAUCCGAAUCUCUCGCCAGAUGUUCAUCCGUCCGUGGCGCCACCCGCUCAGACGGAUGAAACUACAGGGUUUGGCACCAACUCACAGGACCUCACGUUCUGGACCGAGUUGGACACGCUCUACCAAUGGCCAUGCAACGACUUUGAUUUUGUAUUUCCAGAACAAGAGCUCUUACACAUGGCACAAGACUUCCUGUCGCCUACAGCCGAAUUCGACGACACAUUCACAGGUGCUCCAGUCCCAGCAUUCCUUGGUGCUAGAUCUAGUCCCGAACCCUUGGAGGGUCGCGGCGUCUGCUUCGAUGAGUAUGUCCGAAAAGUCUUCGGAUCGCGUUAUCAACUUCGUAACGGUGCCAGCGACGGUCGUACUCACACUGCACACCAACGUUCGAGAUCAGCGAGUGUACCGCAACUGAUGGGAACCUUUUCUCCUGUCUUGAGUUCCGAUCAGAGCGGUGACCUGUGGCAAGCAGAAGACCUAGCACAUGUUGUGACUUUGCCCCAGCACCUCUACGACCAAAUCAUCACCAGAUUCGCCGAGCUAAAUGGCGACAACGGUCGCUACACCCCGUUUGCUGGCGGUCUGUUUCCAUCAAAAUCCGCCUGCAAUGCUUUCAUACAGUUGUUUUUUGAAGAGUUCAAUCCGUUGUUUCCUAUCCUACAUCGACCAACUUUUGCCCCAGCUUCGCAGCACUGGCUUCUGCUGGUUGCUUUGAUUGCUACCGGAUGUCGAUUUUCGCGCGUUUCUGCUGCUGUAGAUUGCUCGGACCUGCUGCAAGAGUUUCUUCGUCGAGCGUUUCUCGCAAUGGUCUCAGAAGACUAUAGCUCCACAUUUGAGCCGUGGGUUGUGCAAGCGGGAUUGCUGAAUCAAAUAGGCAUGCUAUUCUCGAAAGAUCUGAGGUUGACGCAGUCAGCUCAGUCGAUGCGCAGUCUUCUCAUUACCUUUGCCAGACAGGUCAACUGCUUUCAAGAGCCCUUGUUGCCUGAUGGUUCACCCGAUUUGGAUCAGUCCUCUACCGAGGCAUGGAAGCUGUAUAUCGGCAGAGAAAGCAGACGUCGGUUAGCAUUUGCGCUGUGGCUCGUUGACAGUCACUUUAUGAUGUUCUAUGACCUACCACCUCUGGUUCCUGUGGACCUUCUCCGAGUCAGAUUGCCUUCUAGUGAGCCACUGUGGCAUGCAUCAACAGUUGCUGCGUGGCUUGACUGCUGGAAGCAGGGAAGUUCCUAUUUGCCGUUUGGCAUCCGACGAGAGCUGAAAGACCUUUACAGCAGUGGUUCUCUCAAACCAGGGCUGGGCGAUUUUGCCCUCCUCCUACUCAUUGUAGGCGUUUACAGAAAUGCAGUCGAGAUCCGUGGCGCGUUUCGGGACGGCUCUGACUUGUUAUCUGCCGCUGUCAACGGACCGACAAUGCCGACUGGCGAAGUUUCAUCCUUGUCCGAUAUAGCAUUGGUCAAUGCCAAAGCUAUGAAGUUUAUAAACAUAUUGCGCCCGCGCCAUGAGCACCAAUCGACCCUGUCUUCGUUGACAAAAGCAGUCAUUCACCACUGUCAUAUCGUCGGGAUGCUCCUCGGAAUCACACUCCGCGAGAUCAUGGCUUUCAGCGGUUAUCGAGUCACUAGUACCGAUAUUGCCCUUUGUGAAGACCGCCUCAAAGUCUGGGUUCGUGAUCAUGGCAGAGAAGCUCGCGAAGUGGCCAUUCACGCGGGUCGACUCUUCUCUGCCAUCCGAAAAUCCAGCAUGUACGGCUAUUACGAAGGACGCGCAUUGCUUGUGGCGUGUCAAACCUUGUGGAUAUAUGGUGCCACGGCUGAUUUGCUCACUCCGCUACCUGCAGAUGGCUGUGACUCCGAACGGGAUGUGAGCUCGACGAUUCGCCUAGACCAAAGUCUGGACAAAGAAGCUGAAGAAUCAUGGCUACAACGUGGCGAAACCAUGCGUCCCUGUCUGGCAGGCGUUGGCAGUAUUCUAGGUCCUGACGGAGUUGCUCGACUAAUUCAUGAGGGAUCCCGCAUCUUGCGCGCUUCUCGUGUGUGGCCACUAUGUGAUACUAUGGCCAAGGCAUUGAAGAUCUGUCAUCAUCUACGUGUCGGCAAGUCAAUCAAAGAAUUCGAGUGA